AUGUUUAGUACAAAAGACCGAGCAAAUACUGCAAAAUUUGACUUAACAUUGAUUUCAUUGGUUCAAACUAAAGGCAUUAUUAACCACCUUAAAUGCAAAUUAAUCAUUGUAAAUUAUAUUUUAGCAUGGUCUGCCUCAACUAGUAAUGUAUUUUUCUGCAUUUCCUUGGAUAUAUUUAGAAUCACUUUUUCCUAUGGUGUCCAGACACGAGAGGUAUGUACUGAUUUGUGCAUAUAUUUGACAAAGUUCCCUAAUGUGAUUUCCCUGACUAUUGCCUUUAUAUUUCACUUGAAUUCAAAAUUCCGAGGUUGCGAUAUAUAUGAAUUGCAUUUUCAAAAGGAGAUUUGUAAGAAUUAA